AUGUCUAGUACGAAUCCCACCCAACGGAAAAGAAAGUAUAAGGGGAGGGCUCCUCCCGGUCCUGAUCAGGCGGUCAUUAGUUGGAAAGAGGAGGAGUUUAAUAAUCUGGUUGGGGGUAUGGGUUUCCGUCCCGAGUGGGGAGCCCAGUAUCCUCCCGUCGGUUCAACUGCUUUGGACGCUCCUCCGGGCCAUAUUACGUUAUAUGCUGCGUUUUUCCGGGAAGUUAGUUUCAGACUACCUAUUACGAAGUUUACUGCUGCUGUGUUGAGGGGGUAUGGGCUUCAUAUUUCACAGCUGAAUGCUAUUGGGCUUCCACGCAUUACUCACUUUGAGUAUGUCUGUAGGGCCUAUCGUAUUGAGCCUACAUUUCAGAUGUUCAAUGUUUUUUAUAGUGUGACGUAUGCUAGCAGUUUCUAUUCGUUUCAAGCACGAUCGGGUGUUGCUCCGGUGUGCUCCAUGCCUUUGAAGAGUCUUCAUGACUGGAAGCAGAAAUUUUUCUACAUCCGCCGUGGUGUAAUCCCGAUAGAUAUGCCUUAUCGGCAGGUGGGCCAAGGGAUUCCAAAGGUAGAUGUUAUGGAGGAUUAUGGUGCCCAGGACUGGUUCAAGAGGAUAACCCAGAAGGCGACUGCUAUUUCUCAACUGGAUGAGAUGGCCCUGGUUGGUGCUGGGAUGAGUUUGUUGUGGGUGCCCAAGAAUCCAUUGGGUCAAUCCGUAUACAGUUAUCAGGGCAAAUCCUUGGAGUUUAAAAAGGUUUUCGUGAAUUAUGCUGAUCGAGAAAGUUCAUAUAACACUUUGCCGAGUGAAGAUGACUGGAAAAAAGUUGAAGAUGUUUGCACUUUUUUGGCAUUAUUCAAUGAGGCUACAAGAAUAAUUUCUGGCUCCGAGUAUCCAACUUCAAAUUUAUUUCUUAGUGAGUUAUAUGGGAUAAAAGAGGCAUUAGAUGAAGUAGCUUUGGAUGUGGAUGAUUGCAUGAAAGAUAUGGUUGACGAGAUGAAAAAGAAAUUUGACAAGUAUUGGGGUUCAUGUAACUUGUUGAUCUCUAUUGGUGCUGUUUUAGAUCCUAGAUACAAGAUGCAUCUAAUUAAGUUUUCUUUUAAGUCCAUUUAUUCGAAGGAAAAGGUAGAUCAAGAGAUUCAGUUGGUUGAAAAAUGUUUAGAAGAAUUGUUUAAAGAGUAUGUUGAAGCUUACAAAGAACCAAAUGCUGGUUCAUCUAGAAGUGUAAAUGAUGGGAGUGGUCCAAGUGGGAGUAGAAGUGGUUCAUCUAACUUUACCUCUUCACGAUUUGGUAAGAGUAUCAAGACUGGUAGUGCUAAAUAUCAUCAACAUAUUAAAAGUGUUGAUUGCGUUCAAAGUGCUAAGUCAGAAUUAGCAACUUAUUUGGAAGAAGGCGUAUGCAUAAUUGAGCAAGGUGUGCAUUUUGAUGCGUUGCGAUGGUGGAAGGAUAACAAACUUAAGUAUAAAGUGUUAUCUAAAAUGGCUGCUGAUAUCUUAGCUAUACCAAUAACCACUGUUGCUUCAGAGUCAGCUUUUAGUGCUGGUGGGAGGGUUAUUGAUCCACAUCGUUCUGCUUUAGGAACUAAGAUGGUGGACAUGCUUAUAUGUGGGGCUGAUUGGUACCGUCAAUAUUAUGGGCUGGAAAAAAAGAAAAAGGAAAAUGACGAUGUCGUAUAUAUUGCGCUCCUGUGAAGAAUGAGAACUAUUAGUUGGGAUCUAUAUUUUUGGGGAAGCUAGAUAUUCAAGAGUCAAGACAUUUAUUUUGUAGUUCAUAUGAAAAAGCUGGACAUUGAAGACUUUUUUUGGGAUAUGUAUUUUGGAUGAUUAUGUCUUAAGAUAAACUUGAUUUGUCAUAUGGUGCUACUUUUUUGUCUUGAAUUUUUGAUAAUCGUUUAAUGGUUAUACUUAACUA